AUGACGAGUACAGCACUUCGGCGAAUUCAGAAGGAACUGCGAGAUAUCAAUAAUCAACCACUUGAGAAUAUCGUGGUCGAGGCAAAGGAAGAUAAUCUGUUCGAAUGGGAUUGCAUUAUCAUCGCUGAGUUAGACUCCCCUUACAAGGGUGGCAAAUUUAAAUUUGCCCUGAGCCUACCCCAGAAUUUUCCGUUCAAAGCUCCUUCGGUAACGUUCAAGACAAAGAUAUAUCAUCCUGGAAUCAAUGAAGAAGGAGCUAUUUGCGUCCCUGUUCUACGAGACGAGUGGAAGCCUUCAGUGACCCUUGCUACAGUUUUAUGCAUAAUACAAGAAAAACUCAACAACCCGAGUCCUGAUGAUCCAUUCGAGCCAGAUAUUGCUGCCCUUUUGAAGAAUGACAAGUCGAAAUUCCUUGCGACGGCGAAGGAGUGGACGAAGAAGUAA